AAAAUAUAGAAUUAUUAAUUAAGAUUGCGGCCCAAGUAGCCCAACAAGAAUUGGGCGACCAAAAAAAGCUAAACAUAGUUUAAAAGAUAAAAAAAAAAUAGAAAAUAAUAUUAAGGUCCAAGGUUGUCUUGUCUAGUCAGCAGGUUCCCGCCAAAAUGACGCGUGCUCACCUGCUUUUCGCGGGAAUCCCACUUCCGCCGCGACACGUGGCGCGAGCCCAUCUCCCCCGCUGCCACCAAGCGGUUUCUUUCCCACAAAGAUAAUAUAUACUUUCAAAAUCCACUGCUUUUCAUCUGAUUCAAUAAACAAAAGUGGUUGUUGAUUGAUCCCACAGCUGCUUUUUGCUUAGAUGAUAACUCAACCACCAUAAACAAAAAAAAUCCCACCUUUUUCCUAUUGAAAAUUUUGAUGCUUUAGUUCAUUUUCUUGAAUCUUGAGGUAAGUAUCAAUGGAGGUGCCAAUUGGGUUCGCCGCCAAGUGUUGGAGCUUCAUCUCCUUCUUGCCCUUCUUCUUCUCUCUCUUCAUUCUUGGCUUUCUCAAAGGGUUGAUUGUAUGUCCAAUUGCUGUCACCAUCAUAGCAGUUGGAAACUCUGCAGUUGUAAUAGGCCUCUGGCCUGCACAUUUUCUCUGGACAUACUACUGUGUCUCAAAAAGCAAAAGAGUUGGAUGGAUUUUGAAGAUUCUAGUGUUGGUUUCAUUGCCUCUCCCCUUGAUCCUCUGGCCUGUCAUGGCAAUGGUUGGGAGCAUUCUUGGUGGGGUGGGGUACGGCUUCUUCGCCCCCUUGAUUGCAACGUUUGAGGCCGUUGGAGCCGAUGUCACCUAUAAAUGCUACCACUGCUUCAUUGAUGGCUGUUUUUCAACUGUUGAGGGUAGCUGUACAGUAGUUAGAGAUUUUACAGAUUUCUGUUUCCACUCUUACUUCUCCUACAUGGAUGAACUAAGCAAGGAUGUGAACGAAGACGAGAAACCAAUAGACAUAGAGUUAUGGAGGCUACCUGGCUGUUUCUUGGUUUCUAGUGUUGCGAUUCUCGUAGAUGUUCCUCUAAUCACGGCGGUGGCUCUUUGGAAGAGCCCAUAUAUGUUGUUUAGGGGAUGGAAGAGGCUAUUAGAGGAUCUGAUUGGCAGGGAAGGGCCGUUUCUCGAAACAGUCUGUGUCCCGUUUGCUGGUCUAGCAAUCCUUCUAUGGCCUUUGGCCGUGUUAGGCGCCGUCUUGGCUGCUUUCUUCUCGAGUUUCUUCCUCGGUCUUUAUGCUGGAGUCGUUGUUCACCAGGAAGAUUCGCUUCGGAUGGGUCUUGCUUACACUGUGGCGGUGAUUUCUUUGUUUGAUGAAUACGCGAAUGACUUGCUUGAUUUAACGGAGGGUUCGUGCUUUCCCAGGCCUCAGUACCGUCAAAAGACGAAGCCUUCAAGCGGACUGGAGAAAAAGAGGUCGCUCGAUAGCCAAGAAGGCUCACGCUCACGCUCGUCUAAGCUAGUUUCGGAAGGAUCAAGAACACUAAAACAAGCUAUUCAACGAUACACACCUGUGCAGGUAUGGGAUUGGCUCUUUAAGUCGUGCGAGGUGAACGGGAAAAUUCUCCUACGAGAGGGGCUGAUAGGCGCGAAAGAUAUUCAGGACUGCAUGGUGAAAGGCGACUGUAAGAAGCUGGGCGUCGAGCUGCCUGCUUGGUGCAUCCUACAGUGUCUCCUCACCUCGGCAAAGUCAGAUUCCUCUGGCUUGAUUAUAUCGGAGGAAAUGGAACUUACGAGAUCCAACUUGCCGAGAGACAAGGUGUUGGAGUGGUUUAUCGGCCCGCUCUUCACCAUGAAGGAGCAGAUAAAGGGAUUGCGAUUGCAAGAAGACGAGGAGAGUUGCCUGAGAAAGCUGGUUUUAGCCUGCAACAAUGACAUGCCGGAAGACUGGGACGACACCGGGUUCCCGUCUACGGACAAAGUGAGAAGAGCACAACUGCAGGCUGUGAUUAGGAGGCUGCAAGGGAUCGUGGGUUCCAUGUCGCGUCUGCCCACGUUCAGGCGACGCUUCAGGAAUUUAGUGAAGGUGUUAUACGUCGAGGCUAUUCAGACGGGCAUUCCGGCCAAGCAUGCCAACACCACCUCAAGAAUACAUCUCUUUGUACGAGGGGGGAGAAGAGACAGACAAGAAGACAUGGUGUGACCAGUUCUACAUAGUAUACUGCUAGUUUAGCUUUGUAUGUUUCAAUUAAACACCCUAAAUCUAUCUACCUGCUCAUAUCAUAUAAAAAAAUUGGCAUCCAUAUCUUUAAUUUAUCCACAA